AUGGCAGCACCAAAAGCAACCACGAUAAAAGAAGCAGUAAAAAGAUUCGAAGAUAGAUUUAAAUGUAGUGCAACUGAAUCUAAAGAAGUUCAACUCCAAUUUCAAUGGCCUCCUAUUGAAAAAAUGGACCCACAAUUGGGUACUCUCGUUAAAUGCGAGAAAUUGAGCUUAUCAACGAAUAUGAUUGAUAAAAUCAGUGGACUCAAUGGAAUGAAAAAUUUAAAAGUCUUAUCGAUUGGCAGGGACUACAUUAAAACUAUUUCCGGUCUUGAAUGUGUUGCUGAUACAUUGGAAGAACUUUGGAUGAGUUAUAACUUUAUCGAAAAGUUGAAAGGGAUUAAUGUACUAAAAAAACUUCGUGUUUUUUACUUGAGCAACAAUUUAGUGAAAGAUUGGGUGGAAUUUAAUAGACUUCAAGAAUUGACAACUCUCGAAGAGCUGCUAUUUGUUGGAAAUCCACUGUGUGAGGCAAUGGAAGAAAAUGUUUGGAAGGUUGAGGCAGCAAAACGUUUACCAUACUUGAAGAAACUUGAUGGAGAACCUGUUGUUCGGGAAGAACCAGCACCAGCUGAGCAGGAAAAUAAAUAA